AUGGCUCAAGGCGAACUCAAAAAGUCGAAGGCAGCGUCCUCUGCCAAAAGAUCCAAUGUCCUGGGGCCCAAAAAGGGCGCACGAGUAAUCGCACCCAAGAAAGCAAACCUGAUUAGGCAAAAGAAGAUCACAAAGGUACGCAAAGAAAAAUUUCCCGUCAAAUUCCAUCUCGGCCCUGAAGGGGUUUUGGCUUCGUCAGAAAAUGGACAUCAUACGAAAUGA